UCGGAACGGAAUGAAGCCCAGCAUUUGCACAAGUUUCGCGUUGAUCGUCUUCCUAUCCGGAUCGGCCGUUGCAACUAUAGUUCGGAAAUUAACUCGCUUGGGCCCAGAUGGUAACAACACACUCGGAGAUUACGUUGAUUUCAGUAGUGCGUGGGGAUUAGACUACGGAAAUCCAAACCCAAAGAUACGAAAGUCAUAUGAUUUUAUUGUCGUUGGUGCUGGGCCAGCCGGAUGUUCCGUUGCAAACCAUUUAUCUGAGAAUCCCGCUGUGAAAGUGCUUUUGCUGGAGAUUGGGAAAGCGGAGAUCACUGCGGCUCAAGAUAUUCCAGGAGGUUUCCUCUUUCAAACCGCAACGGACUACAAUUUCGGAUAUUUGACUGAGCCUCAGCCGAAAGGAUGUCAAGGGCUUUUCAACAAGCAGUGCGCUUUUCACCAUGGUCGAGGGCUCGGAGGAUCUACGAUCAUCAACAACAUGAUUUAUACGAGGGGCAAUUUUCGCGACUUUGACGGUUGGAAUGCUUCCGGAAAUCCUGGAUGGAGUUAUCGCGAGGUGCUUCCAUAUUUCAUCAAAGCAGAAGAUGCAAACCUAAGAGAUUUUGGAGACAAUGGAUAUCAUGGCACGAAUGGGUAUUUAUCGGUGGAGGAUAUUCCUUAUCGCACUCUUUUGUCGUCAACCUUUAUAAAGAGUGCCGAAGAGUAUGGACUUCCUUACAUUGAUUACAACACCAGGGAGCAACUAGGUUCGUCUUAUAUCCAAUCAAAUACCAAAAACGGAUUACGAUGGACAGCGGCAAGAGCUCUGUUGAACCCCAUUAGAGAGCGCAAAAAUCUACAUGUGCUAACCAAAGCAUGGGUUACGAAGGUUCUGAUUGAUGACUCCUCGAAAACUGCUUAUGGUGUUCAAUACACGAGAAACAAACAAACAUUCACAGUGAGAGCCAAACGGGAAGUGAUUCUAUCAGCUGGAGGCUUCGGUAGUGCAAAACUUCUUAUGCUUUCUGGAGUAGGACCCAAAGAUCACCUCCAAGAGCUUGGCAUAAAUGUGAUCAAAGAUUUGCCAGUUGGUGAAACACUUUACGAGCAUCCGGGUGUAAUUGGUCCAGUUUUCCUUGUCACCAAGCCUAUCGAUAACAACAUUAACUUUGAAAGCCUCAUAACGCUACCAAACAUGAUUCAAUACCUGUUCGGCCAAGGACCGUUCACGUCUCCUUUUACGGAAACAGUAGGGUAUGUCAAAUCCCCCUUUUCGCCAUAUCCCGACGAACCAGAGUGGCCUGAUCUGGAAAUUAUUUUGUCUGCCCUUCAGGUAGGAGAUGACUCAACCACCGCUGGAAGGACCUACUUCAGAGUGAAUGAUGUGAUCCGAGAGACAUACUUUCGUCCACUGUUCAAUACACGUGCUUUCAUGUAUCUGCCGUUGCUAAUGCACUCCAGAUCAAAAGGAUCAAUCAAGUUAAAAUCCACUAACCCAUAUGAUCACCCGCUGUUCAACUACACGUAUUUUGAGGACGAUCGUGACCUGCAAGCCCUGGUGUACGCUAUCAAGGAAGCAAUCAAGAUCACCGGUCAGAAGCCGUUUAUCGAUAUCGGAGUGGAACAGUACACGCGUAAGCUGCCAGGGUGUGAAGAAUUUGAGUUCAAUAGUGAUGAUUACUGGGGCUGUUAUGCGAAAUCGUUAACCGGCACGUACUAUCAUUAUGUGGGAACAUGCAAGAUGGGACCCGAAUCGGAUUCGUCUGCCGUAGUAGACGCUCGACUAAGGGUACACGGUAUGAAAAAGUUACGGGUCGUGGAUAUUGGAAUCAUACCGCGGCCGCCGUCGGCCCAUACCGCAGCUUUGGCAUACAUGAUUGGGGAUAAAGGAGCGGACAUGAUCAAGGAGGACAACAGUUUAUGAUGAUAUGCUAUUGCGCUUUUGUUAAGCAAAACUGGGCGUCAUAAUGUAUGAGAACAUUUUAACCUUUAAAUAAUCUUGAUGAUCUGAAAUGUAAAUAAGCUUCAGAUUGAAAGCAAAACGAAGUAAAAAAGGACGAAAAUAGAAGAGAAAUGAAGAUAAAGUACGUCCGUUUAACUCAUUAUGUGAAUAUGAAUCCAUUGUAUUUCCGUUGCCAAGUUCUCAACAGGUUCAAACAAAGCUGUUAUAGCAACCACGUAGAGCUGCGAUUCCCUAGUGACAUCUACGAAUUCGUUGUGGUUUUAUAGCAU